GCGUCAAGUGACAACAUGGGUCAUGUGACUCCGCACGCUGCGCCUGUUGCCCUGGCAACCGGCAGGCUCCGCAGGCCUUCCGGGAAGGCGCGGAAUUCGGACGCGGAGACAGUGCUUCCAGUGAUGUAACUGCUUUAGGAUGUUUACUUUGGGAUAUCAAAAUUACUGAUGAUGGCUCACUAUUCCAAAGAAGAGAUGGAUAAAGAGUUUGAACAGUUUAUGAAAGAGCUUUCAGAUGAUUCCUUUGAAAAUUCAAACAAAACUCCUAGACAAACUAAAAAAGAAAUGAAGAAAGGCACAGUGCCGUGGUGGGUAACUGAAGAGGACUUUGAAGACGGUGGACAGCUUGGAACACAUGUAAGCUUUUUGAAAACAAAGAAGAUUUCUCAGUCUGUUGUGGGUACAGAAGAGGAGUCUGCUGAAAAUAUUCAGUUUCUUAAAAGCAGUGGAACCUCUAUCUUAAGUGUGGACAGCUUAGAAACAAACGGCCUGGUGGUUUCUGAGCUCAGUCACAGCAUCCUUGGGCUGGGUCUGGACACACUGGAAGAACAAGAGGAAAAAGAGAGGUUCUUCUCCAGGCUAGAGACGGGCAUGACGCUGCCCAUCGAUUACUCAAGAUUAAAUGAGGAAUUGGAUUUUGAUGACUCCACACAUCUUAAAGCUCUGCAUAGUAAUGAAGGCAAUGUAGAACUCACUGAAGGAGAACGUGGGAAUGAAUCAAAACACGAAGAACUGGCAGAAAACUACAGUGAUGAUUUUGAAGAUGAGGAGGAUGUCGAUGCACCUUUGACCACUAAAGAUGAAGAGACUAGUUGCAAAGAGAAUCCCAAAUCAGAGAAAACACCUGCAGACAGACAGGAAGAAGAGAAAACUGGCAUGCUGGCUAAUGUCGUGUUACUUGAUUCUUUGGACUCUGCUGCUGAGGUUAACCUUGAUGAACAGGAUGAAGCAGCCGCUGAGCCAAGAGCCGCACCCGGAACCACUGAGAGAGAAGCAGUGGGAGCAGGUACAGCAGGUGUUUCUUACGGACAAAGCAGUGGGGACACGGAAGCUCUGCACCAGGCUUACUGCCGUGUAGCCCGUUCUGUGGGGGACACAGACGAGCAAAGUGAAAGCCACGCGGUGGGAGAUACCCAGAGCUCAGUGGGAGAUCACCCUCGGGAAAAUGAAGCGUCUUCCAGAAACGUCUCUACUGCUGAGUCUGAUCUGCCCACGAUAGAGGAACUGAUGAGACCCCUCAGGAGAGACUCCUUGGGGGUCAGUGGUUUUGAUUUACAACCUGUCAGCUCGAAGAAAGUGGCUGAAUUUGUGAGCCCCUUGCCUCUUAAUAGGAGCCCAAGUGUUAUAUCUCAAGACCCACAACUUGUUAACCAAUUUUUUGACAACAAUGAUGAGAAUGUGAUUUUACAAAACACAACAAAGGGUUUGGAAAGUAGCUGCCCAGGGGCACCGGCCACAGAAGAUCGUGUAGAUAAAAUGUACCUUGAUAUCCUGAGGAGAAAGAUAUCUGCUAGUCCUUCCUUGUUCCCUCAGGAUGACAAAAUCAAUAAAACUCACCAGCCUCAGCUCGGAGCUGGAGAGGCAGGGGCGGUGACAGGUCAGCUGGCAUCCCACAAGAAGGCCAGAAGCGCACCGCCUCUGCUCCGGAAGAAGCCCCAACGCGGACUGUACGCGUCUGUCAGGAGCUCAGGCUACGGCAGACCCAGCUCGCCGCUCAACACGUGCUCUACUCUUGAAAAGAAAACUUCCAGGGCUGCUAUAAAGAGCAAAAAUUUGAGAUCCUUGCCCACCUCAAGUCAAACUAGAAAUAAAGAAAUCUUAUCAGGAACAAAACUCAUCAAGCCUGCAGCUUUGAAUAAACCAGUUCCCAAAAUUGAAAGUUGUCUGGCUACUCCUGAGAAGUCUGGAGAUCCCGCAGAAGCUGAUGCUUGCCUUCAGUUUCAGACUGAUUCUACAGGAUACUGUGAUGGGAAUAAGGAGAAAGAAUUGCUUCUGAUUAGAAGAGUCCAGGAAGCAGAGGAAAGAUGGAGGGGCGCUCAAGCCCUGAUUGAGCAAAUUAAAGUCACUUUCUCCGAGAAAGAGAAAGUGCUAGAGAGUAAGCUGGAAGAGUUACAAAGACAGCAGGAGAGAGAGCUCUUCAAACUGAAUCAAGAUAAUUAUCUCCUUCAAACCAAGUUAAGUAGCUUUGAAGAAAUGAACAAAAAACAAAAGUGGUUACGUUUUGGAGAAAUAACUGAUCCAAUCACUGGAGAAAAAUUGAAGCAAAUCCAAAAAGAAAUCCAGGAACAGGAGACGCUUCUUCAGGGCUAUCAGCAGGAAAAUGAAAGAUUGUAUUAUCAAGUAAAAGACCUCCAAGAACAAAACAAGAAAAAUGAGGAGCGAAUGUUUAAGGAAAACCAAAGUUUAUUCAGUGAGUUAGCCUCCUUAAAAGAACAGAUGCACAAAAGUAAUUUCCGAGCUCAAGCAGGUGAAGAUUCAGAGCCCACCAGAGACCAGAGUUUCACGGAUCUGUUAGCAGAGCUGCGGGUGGUACAGAAAGAAAAAAAUGGUUUAUUGGAAGAGAUCAAAAGGCUGAAGCAAGACAAGCAAGGUCUGGAGGUCGACUUGGAGAAGAUGAAGAAGGAAAAGGAGCGGGCCGGGGCCGAGGUUGCUCAGGCCACAGGUGAAAAAUUAUAUGAAAUAAAAAUUUUAGAAGAAACACAUAAACAAGAAAUCAGCCGCCUGCAGAAGAGGUUGCAGUGGUAUGCUGAGAACCAGGAGCUGCUCGACAAAGAUGCAAUUCGGCUUAAAGAAGCAAACGAGGAAAUUGAGCAGCUCAAACUGGAGAUUGAGAAAGUAAAAGCUGAAUCUGGGAAUCCGUCUGCUCAGCAGAAGAUACACUUAAAAGAUAAAGCAGUCGAUGCCAAAAAAAUUCAGGAUCUGGAGCGACAAGUCAAGGAAAUGGAAGGGAUUCUAAGGCGGAGAUAUCCCAACUCGUUACCUGCUUUGAUACUGGCUGCAUCAGCAGCUGGGGACCCAGCAGAUAGAAACACAGUGGAAUUUAUGGAAAAAAGGAUAAAAAAGCUAGAAGCUGAUCUAGAGGGCAAAGAUGAAGAAGCAAAGAAAAGUCUUCGAACCAUGGAACAAGAGUUUCAGAAAAUGAAAAUCCAGUAUGAACAGAGGCUGGAGGAGCAGCAGCAGCAGCUGUUGGCCUGCAGGUCCAAGGAGGCCCCCCAGAGCCUGCAGGACGGGCCCUCUAGGGUGAAGCCGCCUGGGCAGGGGCUCCACGGCACCAAGGAAGCCCAUCAGGUCCCUGUAAGGGGCCUGGAGGCCGAAACUGAUUCUUUUAAACAUCGGAAUGCUGAAUUGGAACUCAAGAAAAACAACAGAGAUGACAAAGAUCUUCAGUCUAUAGAAUUCCAGGUGGAACAGGCUCACGCUAAAGCUAAACUGGUGAGACUCAAUGAAGAGCUGGCUGCAAAGAAGAGGGAAAUACAAGACCUUUCCAAGACCGUGGAAAGGCUCCAGAAGGAAAGAAGAGCAAUGCUGUCUAAUCAGAGCUCUGCAGACAGGGAGGACUCGUCUGCCAAAAGGGCGAGGAAAGAUGUUCUGCACACAGGCAAAGUCAGAGCCUGUGCAGUCCGCGGGACCCCACACACAUUCACUGAUGCCCACGUCUCUGAGGUUCUACAGGAGAACUACAGGUUGAAAAGUGAGCGAGAGGGAUUAAUUUUGGAGAGGGAUGAGCUGAAGAGGAAAUCUGAAGCAGCAGUGAACCAGUUUGAAAAUUCCAUGAAAAGGGUCAGGGAAGACGCUGCCGCACACGUUGCCUCCCUCAAAGCUGCGCAUCAGAGGGAAAUAGAGAAACUCCUCUGCCAAAAUGCAGUGGAAAAUUCUUCUUCCAAAAUCGCUGAGCUAAAUCGUAAAAUAGCAACUCAAGAGGUACUCGUAAAGCAUUUCCAGAAUCAAGUUAACGAGCUACAGCGCAUACAAGCAUCUCAUGAACUUUCUCAAGUUCGAGAAGAAAUCCUGCAGAAACAGAUCACAAAACUCUUAGAAGAAUUAAAAAAAGCCAAAGAAAACCAUACUCCAGAGAUGAAGCAUUUCACGGACUUAGAAAAGAAAAUUGAACAGAUGGAAAAGAGACACGAGCAAAGAGAACAAGAACUCCAGCAGAUAAUUCAGCACACACAGCAGGCAGUAGAAACUGAACAAAACAGAGAAGUUGAGAAAUGGAAAAGACUCGCACAGCUGAAGAACCGAGAGGUGGACCAGUUCCGCGUGGAGCUGGACUCCAUUCUGGACGUGCUGCGGGAGCUGCAGCGGCAGGGCGUGGUGGUGCCUGCUGCCCUCGCCGAGGACCUGAGCGCCCCUGAGUACGAGAGGAGCCCGUUGCACUGACCUCCAUGAAGGGCCUGGCGGUGGAUCGUACCACCGGCACGAGGUUCCAGCAUGUCACCAGAAAGCAGACUUAAGACAUUUCCAAAUAAAUUAGGCUUAACCAAUAUGGAAAAAUGGCAUCAUGGUAUAUUUUACUGAAAGUCACUAGCCAGUCACAAGAUGACUUGUGGACAGGUUUCUGUGUGUCAGAUGACCAUAACUAGUAAGAUUCACUGUAGGAGGCCUCAUUUGUGUGCUACAAGGGGAAAGGAGGAAAUUACGUGUACUUGGCCCUGUCCUUUUCUGACCAGGCCUAUCCUGUUAUUUUCCCCCUGGCUCCAGGCGUGGGCUGGUAAUUUGAUCCUCCUUCUCAGAGAAGCGGGCAGAGGAACGUGCAGUGCUGGGGACAGUGGACUGGGAGGGAGGUGUCCUAGUGACUCGGUGACAUAGCCGACAGCUGUAGCUCCCUGUGCAGGUGAACACUGGGUUCCCUUUUCUCCCCACUUUCUGCUCCUUCCUAUAGGUGGCUCAUUUUUAGACCUGAUGGAAGAUGAAAAGUACAUUUCACAAGCAGUGGGGGAGUUUUUGUUGUUGCUGUUUGUUUUUUUAGACAGAGUCUCACUAUGUCGCCCUCGGUAGAGUGCCAGGGAGUCACAGCUCACAGCAACCUCAAACUCUUGGGCGUAAGCAAUUCUCUUGCCUCAGCCUCCCAAGUAGCUGGGACUAUGGGCACCUGCCACAACGCCCGGCUAUCUUUUGUUGUAGUUGUCGUUGUUUGGCAGGCCCAGGCUGGAUUUGAAACUGCCACCUCCAGUGUACAUGGCCGGUGCCCUAACUGCUGAGCUACAGGCACCAAGCCAGUAGGGGAAUUUGAUUCAUCCAAUUUUAAAACUUUCAAGCUGCAUCUCUUAAAUCUCAAUUUUACUUUUUUAUAACUUUAAAAUUAAACAGAAUAUCACAACAUGUAUAUGUUUUACUUUAAAAGUGGCAGAUUAAAAAUAAUUACAAAUAUGCAUACAAGUAGCUGGUUUAUUUUAUUUUACAAUCCCAUUUCCAAAAGCAGACAGCAGGUUUUCAGAUAAAGUCAAGGUUCUGCUUUGUUUCCGCAUGUUCUAGCCUGGCAAUGUCUGAUGAAAGUCUGAUGAGCCACAGAGUUUUUAAUUUUCUACUAGCUACGUCUAAAGAGGUAAGAAACAAUUGAAAAGAAUUUUGAUAAUAUAGUUAUAUCACCUAAUGUACCUAAAAUUUUAGUGUCUAUACACAAAUUGAGUGUUUGCAUUUUUCACAGUUAGGUCACUGAAGUAUCAGGUUCAAGCACCUCAGUCGGGACCAGCCAUUUUCUCAAGUGCUCAGGAGCCACCCACCUGCCAGUGAGUGUAGUUCUGAGGUGAUAAUUACAAGGUAAAUUGUAAUUACCUCGUCACUUGACAAAGGACAGGCAAACUAGGUCUAGGUGAUAUCAGGGCAGCAAACGUAAGACAUGGGAGUCGUUAAAUACGAGAAAUGCAAUUGUUUUAAUGUCCAGCGUUUUGUAAUGUUCCUUUUCUAAAAAGGAUAGUAAAAGCAUUAAAGUUUGCUAUUUUUUUUUACAUGAAAGAA